AUGCCUGGCCCGCCGUCCUCUCCCUCGACGACCUCUCCGACGCCGAAUGACGAACACCACAGCGCGACGCAGGGCGAUGGGGCAGCCGAGUCGCCUUUCUCAGCUGCUGCACCUUCCCUGACUCGCCCGCCACUCGCGCGACUGAGCUCUGCGGACGCACACCUUUCGAGAGGCGCCCCGCUCCUCUUCGAGUCCCUGACGAGGGCGACACUCCCUUCGUCCUCGCUUACGGAGUCGAACGCGUCGUGGGUCGACUUGUGCAGAGCGGAUGGGACGCAGUACUCGCCGCCGAGACCGCGACAGUCGAGCGGAAUGGAGCGGAGCAAGAGUACCGACGAGGGCAGUCCGGCGAACGCGAGGGCGAAGACGAGCGCGGCUUUCCUGCCGGGUAUGCGGAGUCGGAGAUCGAGUAUAGGGAGCUUGCAGGGCGUUCUGGGAAAGGAGGCCGGAGGAGCAGCUCUCGCGCGAAGACGGAGCAGUCUUGCAGCUGUGCCGCCGAGUCCGACGGGGCCGACACCGCGCACAAAGGGCGAGUCCGAGGUCAACCAGCUGAAUUGGAGCGCGAAGUGGUGGCCGUUCGCAGUGGUGGGCCCGUCUGGCGAGUCGGCAGGAUCCGAUGUUGCAGCGUCUCACUCGCCGAAACCGCCUGCACCACCCAGCAAGGACUCGCACGACGCCUCGCGCAACAUCCUCUCGCUCUUUGCGGGUCAGAAGACGGUGGACGAAGUGCGGGACAGGCAGGAGGUCGUCGCGCGGGAUAGCGACUCGCUCGAGGCAGAGCUGCGGGACGCGACGGCGGACCAGCUCGACUUGCCUUCCAUACCUUCCUCACGGUCCGCCGAGUUUGUCGCGCUAGAAGCGGACGAGAUGCCCCCGGACCUCCCGCCGAAACGACUGUCCCUCGACAAAUCCCUCCCACCUUCUCCCUUCGAACCCCCCUCCAGCACGAAAGGCGCCUCCUUCCUCCCCUCUCUCUUUGCUCCGACCUCCUCGUCUAGCUCAUACGACACAGCUACUGCAACCUCCCUCUCCUCGCCGGCCAAGAAGUCCGACUCGCCCAUCUCGCUUCUCUCCUCACUCACCAUCUCGAACCCUUUCAAUUCCUCCCCCGCCUCUUUCUUCUCCUCCUCCGCCAAAUCGCCUACAUCACCCAGCUCUACUCGUCCGCACCACGGCCGGCACUAUUCAACUAGCUCGCACAAGAAGCCCCGCGACGAAGAUGACGACGGUCCGACCGCUACGCCUGCAGAAGUCGAGGGAAUGGUUGACAAGGAGGACCGCGAGACCAUUCGUAAGGAAGAGGCGGAGGACGCCGAGAUCUUCUCGAUGCUCAAGGACAAGUAUCGCUCGCCGAAACUGCCGCUCGUGUUCUGCCACGGGUUGUUCGGUUUCGACUACAUCGGUCCGGCCGGCCUCAAACCCCUUCGCUUCUCCUACUGGGUCGGCGUCGAAGAAGCGCUCGCCGCGAACGGCGUCGAGGUUUUGAUCGGCCGCGUGCCGGCGAGCGCGUCGAUUGAGGAGCGCGCAAAGGUGUUGUGCGAAAUGAUCGGGGAGAGAUUUCCGGGGAGGGAGGUCAACUUGAUCGGGCAUUCAAUGGGCGGUCUCGACGGUCGCUACGUAAUCUCCCGCCUGAAGCCCAUCAACUUCAAGAUCCGCUCGCUCACGACCAUCUCCACCCCGCACCGCGGCUCGUCCUUCGCCGACUACCUCCUCGAAGACGUGUUGGGCGCCGAGCGGGUCCCUACGCUGUUGAAUACGAUGAAGGCGCUGGGCGUGCCGGGCGGAGGGAAGGCGUUCGAUGAUUUGACGACCACCAAGAUGGCCCGCUUCAACGAAGAGACCCCCGACGACCCGUCCGUCCGCUACUUCUCCUUCUCCGCCGAAUUCACGCCAAGCUGGUCGAACCCGUUCCGAAUCCCGUGGGGCGUCGUCUACGAGCGAGAAGGGCCGAACGACGGGUUGGUGUCGGUGGAGUCUGCGAGGUGGGGUGAUCAUCGGGCGACGUUGCACAAUGUCAAUCACGCUGACCUGAUCGGCUGGAAAGGCGUCGUGCGAUACGCCUUCGCCGCCUGGUCAGGCCACGAGAUCCGCUACGCGCCCGUCUCGUUCUUCCUCGGCGUCAGCGAGAUGCUCGCCGACGAGGGGUUCUAG